AUGGGGUUAAAUGUUACGGUCUCCAAACCAUCAUACGUCGGUGAUAUUGGAAGUUCUAUAACCUUGGGGUGUAACAUAACAUCAGUAUCCAGUGCCGUCAGUGAGGUCCGCUGGUAUUUUCAUUCCAGCGGAAGAUACCAUCGUCUGGAACCUAUAUGUAACACAGGAAAGUAUAGUAAACCUACACCAGAGAACCCAUCACUUACAAUUGAAAAACUGGCUUUAAACGAUGUUGGACCUUACAUGUGCUCUGCAACUAAUGGAGACGGAUUAAAUGUCAACAGCACUACCACAACUUUAUCACUGCUCAAUUCUAGAGGGUUAAAUGUUACUGUCUCUGAACCAUCAUAUGUAGGUGAGAUUGGAAGUUCCAUAACCUUGGGUUGUACUAUUACAUCUGAAUCCAGUAACACCAGUGAAGUCCGCUGGUAUUUUCAUUCCAGUGGAAAAUAUCAUCGACUGGAACCUUCAUGUUACACAGAAGAGCAUAGUAAAUCUUCAUGUAGAACAGGAAAGUACAGUAAACCUACACCAGAAAACCCAUCAUUAACAAUUGAAAAACUGAAUUUAAACGAUGUUGGACCUUACAUGUGCUCUGCAACUAAUGGAGACAGAUUUACUGUUAACAGCACUACAACAACUUUAUCAUUGCUUGAUUCCAAAGAAAUCAGGAAGGUGGUCUUCAUAUUAGGUUUAAUUUGUUGUCUUCUUGUAUUGCUGGUUGUUACUGGACUAGUUCUAAGGAAGAAUAAACCAAUGUUUUUCCUGCAAAUAGCAUAUACAUUUCAAAGGGCUGAAGAUGAUGAUUCAAAGUUAUGGGACGCAUUUAUAUCAUUUAAGUCACAAGACGCUGACCACCAGUUCGUAUCCAGUAAACUUUAUAUGAAGUUGGAAACUCAGUUGGGUUACAAAUUGUGCAUACACCAUAAAGACUUCUUACCAGGAAAAGCAAUUGCUAAUAAUAUAGUGGAUUCUAUUGCUAACAGCCGUCGUACUAUAUUGAUCAUAAGUAGAGAGUAUCUUCAAGGAGGAUAUACUACUUUUGAAUUGGAAAUGGCUCAUGCUGAAAUGAUUUCAACUAAAUCAAAGCACAAGAUCAUUCCAGUAUUACUAGACAAAUAUGAAAAUUUACAAGGUUUAAUGGAUGAUACGUUAAAACAUAUAAUUCAAUCUGUCACCUACAUUACUUGGCCAGGAGAAACCAGUCAAAGGGAUGUUAAAACGUUUUGGAAAAGACUUGAACUUUCAAUGCCAAAGAAAUCACGCAAACUUUGCAACAAAAGCGAUGAAAAUACUCAAUUGUUGAGUAACUGGCUUGAAACAUCUGCAUAA